UGAUGGUGCGCUUUGUCUCUAGGAGAAUUAACCUAUUUGAACAUUUCUUCUUAAUUUGUAAUUUUUAUACAAGUAAAAAUGUCAGAAGCAUUUUUGUUAUAAAAUAUUAUUUACACGUAUAUUGCUAGAUUGAUAUUAUUGCGUAAUAAAAAGAAAAAUAACACAUGGUGUUUAGCACAUAUCGAGAACUGCAAUAAUAAUAAUGCGUAUUACGACAGAUACUAAUUUUUUAUCAAAAAAUUUUGUUAUUCAUACAUUUUACGAUGAAAGGACUUGUUUUUGCUGGAAUCAAGAUAAACUUAUAAUAUUUCCAUAUACAAAUAAUGAGUACGUAUUUGUUAAAGUAUUAACAGCUCCAGCUCCAAUAAAAACUAUACAAUGUUUUACUGGUCGAAUUUUUUUAAUUUGCAUUCCACACGGCAUUUACAAACUUUCAAGGGAUCGAGAAUUUGCUGUUCUAAGUAAAAGUGCGAUUGGAAUGGGUACUGUUUUUCAUGAAGUAUUGAUACCGAGAAAUGAGUAUCUUUAUUUGGAUAAUAAGCGAGAAAUGACAAAUAAACUGCUAUUUAAGCUUUCUUCCCAAGAAACUAAUUCCAGUCAACUGUAUGUUUAUCCAUUAAAUGUGGAUAGCAUUGUAGAAUAUUUUAUGAAAACUUUAACAAAUAAUGAUUCUACUGUAAAAAAUUUAUGCAUAAUUGCAGAUGGACUAAAACUUUUAAUGCUAAUCAACGAAAAUGUAAAAAUAAUACAUAGCAGUAUUUAUUCCAUUAGUAAUAUAAUACCUGUACGAAAGAGUUCCAAAAUUGCAGCAUUACUUCUUACUACAAAUACAAAUGUUAUUAUUUUAAUGCAUUCAAAAGAUAAUGUGCUUGUCUUUGAAACAAUUUAUAUAAGAACACAGAUACAAGCCAUUUGCGCUGGUUUUAACCAAUCCCUAGAAGAUAUAUUAUGGAUUGUUUAUUCAUAUGAAUCUAAAUUAUAUUAUGUAAAGAAACAAUUACUAAUCGAUAAUAUUUAUCAAGUAAAAGUCGAAGAUAAAAGCUUUGUUUGUUUACAAUCAUAUGAUUCUAAUAUAAUUUUAGGUUUGACAGAAGAUAAUCAAUUAAUAGAGUUUCCUAUAAGUACAGUAGAAAGAACACUGUCAAUGGAAAAUAAUACUUUUAUUAAUCUUCACUUCAAUAUGUUAGAUGGUGUGUCACUUAUAAUGGAUAAGAUUUAUAAAAGUACUCAAGAAUUACAAACUUUAAAUGAAAUAUUAACAGCAGAAAAGGAUAAAUUAAAAAGAAUAAAUUUAUAUGCACAUAAAGACAAGAUACACUUAUGUCCAAAAAUGAUGAUAAAUUUUAUAGCAAAUCAGAUGUUUUUAUCAGCAAAUUUUCAUGAUAUCCUGCCAAAAAAUAGUUGGAUCGUCCUUAAUGUAAAAUUGGGAUAUCGAAAUCUGUUUUGUAUGAAGAAAAUAGUAGGUCGGGAGACUAUAGUUGAUAUUUAUAUACCUGAAAAUUUAAUGGCAGAUACAUCACAAAUUGCAAUAGAUUUAAUAGCUUUUAGAGAUAAAAGAUAUCCUUGGUGUCUAAUAAGGAAUUAUGUAAUCAGUGAUUAUGUGGAAAGAAGAAAGAAGAAAAAGAGGUUGAAUGUCGAUUUUAUAAAUUCUAAAAUUGCCAUACUUAAAACUUGUAUACAAGAAGGAAACAUUAAUAUGAAAAAAUUAUCUGAAAUUAAGAAAAGUGUAAGAAAAGAAUUUAGUGAUAUGUAAAUUUUAACAACAUACAAAACGAACGUUUUUUUUUUAAUUUGACAUUUACAUUAUAUUUUUAUAAUAUAAAUUUAUAUAAGAAAUAGGGGUUGAAUAUAUAGGAAA